GUAGGGGAAACACUGUGUAUAAAUUUGGCACAUCUUUAUGUUAAAUAAAUGUGUGGGACGUUAAACUGCAAAAAGUACCACCACACCGCCGACGUCUUUUUACCUUGUUUAUCCAAAUGAGCUUCUCUUCCAGAUGAUAGUGGCUGCUCAGCUGUCCCUUUCUUCACCCCCACUUCAGUGCUUAUUGCUUCCACGAUACACCAAAGCAGUAGCAUGUGGUGUGCUCCGCUAACCGAGUUUAAUAAACAUAAGGAUAUACUGAUAUUAUACAGAUUACUAACUUUUGGGCGUCACAAUACACAUCUCAUUGACAUUUUAGGCGUACUACUAAUCUGCUUAUCAAAUUGCGGGCGUAAGUAAACUUCCGUACAGUACAGAAAAGCCAGCCGCUGGACAAAUGUUCACGCACGUGAUCUAAAGCCCCAGUGAUGAUGAUAUCUUGAUCUUGAUGACAUCUGGUAAUAUCGUGCAGCCUUAAUUAUUAGUAUUUCUUAUUUAAAAUCCACAUAAUAAGCUUAUCGGCCAUAGGUAUCAGUUUUAUUAUGUCAUUUGUUUUGUUUGGCGUCAGUUACUAAGUUUUGGAGUUAUACUCCUUUAACUAGUUUUCCCAUUGGAUUUGUGCAUUAUAGUACGCAGUUUAAGUGAAUGCGAAGUUUUUCAAAAUGUAUUAGUCGCGUUGUAGCAGGACUGACUGUAGUUAGGUAUCUGACUGAUCAGCUGGAAAUUCUGUGCUGGCAUAACUUGAGUGGGGUGAUGUCUAUUACUCACAGGCCUGUGGUUUCAGGUUUACAAGGGCAAACAGUGUGAGACAUACAUUGAUGCCAGGAGAGAAUCACACUCCAACUGGAUGAGGUAUGUGAACUGUGCCCGUGAUGAGGAGGAGCAGAACCUGGUGGCCUUCCAGCACAAAGGGAACAUCUUAUAUCGCUGCUGCAAGCCCAUUGCCCCCAGGCAGGAGCUCCUGGUAUGGUACGGGGAAGAUUAUGCCAAGGAUCUGGGCAUCACCUUUGACUGCUCUUCAAAAGCAAGGAGAGCGGUGGAAUCCUACCAAGGAUUCCCAUGUUCUCAGUGUCCCUUGUCCUUCGCAGUGGAGAUUUACCUGCAGAGACACAUCAAAAGAUCUCACCCUGAGGAGUACUUCACAUAGCUGAUGGCUGUGU